UCUGAGUGUAUGCAGCUCAGAGGCUUAUAUCAUCCCUUUACUGUAUCCUCCACACUGCAGUAUUUAUCAUUGUGGGACAAAUUACUGCUGGACACAUCCUGGAGCCCACAUCUUGUGCAUGAAGUGUAGGCUCAGCAGUUUUUUUUAUUUUUGUGCAAUUAAUUUAUUUCCUAUUAUUUAUCUAUUUUUUACACAUUUUACUUUCUUUUAUUAUUUUUUUUUCUGGUCCCAUGGACUUACUCACUCAUCCUCUCAGGGAGAUGGAAAUUACCGAGAAUUCCCUGUGUUCCUUCUCAGCAGCAGAUGACUUUUAUGAUGACCCCUGUUUCAAUACUUCAGAUAUGCACUUCUUUGAGGACCUGGACACUAGGCUGGUCCAUGUCAGCUUGCUCAAGCCAGAUGAACACCAUCACCACAACGAGGAGGAGCAUGUCAGGGCCCCUAGUGGGCAUCACCAAGCUGGGAGAUGUCUUCUCUGGGCUUGUAAAGCCUGCAAGAGAAAGACCACCAAUGCUGACCGCAGGAAGGCAGCGACCAUGAGAGAAAGAAGGAGGCUGAGCAAAGUCAAUGAGGCUUUUGAGACCUUGAAGAGAUGUACCUCCACCAACCCCAACCAAAGACUACCCAAGGUGGAGAUUCUGAGGAAUGCCAUUCGCUACAUUGAGAGUCUCCAAUCUCUGCUCAGGGAUCAGGAUGAUAACUAUUACCCUGUUCUGGAGCAUUACAGUGGGGAUUCUGAUGCCUCCAGCCCAAGAUCCAAUUCUUCAGAUGGCAUGGUAAGUUGAGUGGGCCACUUUCAGUUCACCACAAAUGGGACCGCAUGUUACUUGAUAAAAUAUCAUCCUUCACCAUUUAAACAGGCUACAUUGUAAAACACUUUUAUUAUAAACUCACAGGGAAAGUAAAAUAUUUUGUGAGGGGUACAUUUGGAAUAAGGAAUCCAACCUCACACCAAAUUUCACAAUAUGGAGAUUAGUUCUGAGAAACAAUUCUAAUGUAAAGUUGUAAAACUGGAGCAGUCUCCAUAGAAACAAUGGAAUGCACAGUCAUAAUAUUUCAUUCUCUCUUAGAACCUCUGAAGUGACCAGUCACUAAAUAUAAUCCCUGUACUAUGUGUUAUAUGACAGUUUUACAAGAUGCUAAGCUAUUUUAGUCUAGUGUCUUAAAUCUGUCUGGUUCUGAAAUGGUUAAAAGGUCUGUCGGGUAAUUUUCUCUGCCACAUGAAAAAAUGCCUUAAAGUACAGAUUCCCUGAAGAGUCACUUUUCAUUUAAACUCCUUCCUGAUCCCAGGGGUUAAAUUCUGCCCCCAACAUCCAUCUCUCUUCAUUCACACUCUGCAUUAGGAAUGAAAAACUAUUCCUCACACAUCCAAUUAGCAGACAGAAAGGAAAUCCAACUUUCAUUGAAAAUAAACACAGGGAAAAGAAGGCAAUUAAUUCAAAAUAAACUAAAUCUGUGUUCAUAACAAUUUAAUUUUAAUAGAAUAAUAAUAAUAAUUUAAAAAGAGAUGAUAAGAGAUAUAUUGUUUAAAAUCUAAAUUCCUAACACAAAGCACAAUAAGUUACAAAGUUAUUAUUUAUUGAAUAAUAAACAUUCAAAAUAUUUGUAUAUCUGAUCAAUUUUUCGACUCUGCAGUCGAAGUUAUUAUUUUCUUUAAAAAAAAGAAACAUAGAUCAAUUCAAUAAAAUAUAUCAAUGCCGAACUCAGACAUGGUAAAAACUAAAUUUGUAACAUAAAUCACAUUUUUAUAAUAACUCUGCAUUUUACCAAUUAAAAAAAUAUUAGUUUGUUCAAUAAAUAUAUCAUAUGAGUGAUCUAUAUAUAUUAUUUAUGUUGUUACUUUAAUAUGAGGUGAACUCGAUGCAGGUCUAAUAAAAUAGAUUUAAUUCCUAAAAGCAAUAUUUUAUGGGGUCUAUUCGCUUAACAGUGAACUGCAGUAAAUUAAAAUAGAAAGGAUAAAUUUUAAACCAAACUAGAUAAUUUGUAAAACAAAGUCCUCAGUUCAGCUAUAGUUACAACUGGGUUUAUUCUAAACUUUGAUAUUGUGUAUUUAAUACACAGUUUAGUGUAUAACCCCUUUUGGUCUUAUCUUGGAGUUUGUUUUCUCUGUUACCUGAGAUACUGCUGUGACAAUUCUUCUUCAGAUCUUGAUAAAUUAAUACGAAACGUUGUGAUCUGUCAAAGGGUAGGGGGGGCAGCACAUGCUCAGCAAGUUUAUUGGGAGCUUGUUAAAUCAGAGAAUAAUUGUUUAAAUGUUCUGUUUUCCAGAUUGAUUACUCUGCUCCCCCCUGCCACACCAGGAGAAGAAACAGUUAUGACAGAGGGUACUACAAUGAAACAGCAAAUGGUGAGUGGAUAUAAUUACACCUUAAUAUUGGCACUGACAGGAGGGGGAGGUGGGGGUGUCACUCAGAACAGUUUGUUGCAUUAUUGACUGUUAUAAAAAAAACAAAAAAAAGCAAAGAAAGAUACAAAGACACCAGUACAGAAAGAGACAGAUAUAAACAGACAGAUGAAAAAGAGACCUCAGUAAAAAAAUAUAUCCAAGUUAUUUAAGAUGGGUGUCUAAUAAAGGGGUGUUUUCAUUGCAAAAUUUAGAUCAAAUUAGUAAAAGGUUAUUUACUAAACUUCAAUUUACAGUGAUCCAGCAGCCAAAUGGCAAACUUUAUGCUAAAAUAUCUGAUUUGGAAAAACAUGCUUAAUUUCUCAACCUUGCUUUUUGUUUGUCAAGGUUUCAUGUCAUUUCUUUAAAAUGCAUAUUUACCCCCAGAUAGUCAUCUCUUAUAUACACCAUUUAGGCCUUUUAUGGGUCAUUUACUAAGGAGUAGAUUAUAAAAAAUAAAAUAAAAAAAAGUUUGUCAAUUUAUGUCAAAACCACAAUUAAAGUUUCUUUGGAAUUAUUUAACCCAAACAGCUAAACGCUCAUUAACUCACAGUUAAUUAUAUAUUUCCUACCUGUUUUAUGUUAAAUUUUGUAUAUAUUGUGUAUUAAUAUUGUUUUGGUAUUUUAUUGUACCCUAUUGUAUCAAUGCAAUGUUUUGUGGACCCAGGAGAUAUUUGAAAAUUAGAGAAAUCUCAAUCUAUCUUUCCUGGCAAAAUAUUUUAUAAAUAAAUACAUUUUAAAAAUAAAUAAAUUAGUUACUAAUAGUUUUUGGUUGUAACACACUGGUAACGGCAUCUAUAAUAUUGGUUAUUCCUUCUCAAUGGAGCUGUGUUAUUAACCCUUUUCUAUUGCUUCUCUUUAGAUGCCAAACUUGGGAAAAAUGCUGUAAUCUCUAGUUUAGACUGUCUGUCAAGCAUUGUGGAGAGAAUUUCAACAGAGAACCCUGCUUGCUCAACACUCCCUGCAGUUGAAAGUGGAUCUGAAGGCAGUCCCUGUUCUCCCCUCCAGGGGGAGACAUUGAGUGAUAGUGGAAUCACCAUACCAUCUCCCAACAACACAUGCACACCACUACCCCAGGACAGCAGUAAUUCAAUAUACCAAGUGUUAUAACUGGAGGUUUAUAAAAAAAACUGCAACAUUCUAAAAACCAAAGACUUUAACAAAAGACAUUUUUUUCCACUUAUGAAGCUUCUUUAAGAAUUCCUUCUCUCUGCAAGUGUACAACAUUUCAUUAGUUCUUACCAAAGCUUAUUUAUUAAUUCGUGACAAGGUUAUUUAAUAUGUUUCUAUUGAUUUUCCUCUGUAAAUAAUAUUAAAAAUGAUCUUUUUUUUUGUUGUUGAGGCUUUCAAAAUAUUUCCAGAUUAACACAAAAUAGUCCCCCACUAAUGUAAACAUUAAAUAAUUUACGUAAUUAGUUUGGGGACCACUUAUCCAUUACCAAGGAAGCAUAAUUUAUAAAUAAAAUCAUUUUAACAUCUGUAAUAUUUUUUUACAUCAACGAGAUGUAGAAAUAUCAAAACAUAAAUCAAAGAAUAUAGAAAAACACAUUUAGCCUUCCAUAUUUCUCAAGUCCAUCCUGGGUUCUUAAUAAUAUUACAAACCAACUUAAUGGUAGCAAUGUAAUUGACUUUGGAAGGCUAAACUGUUAGAUUUUAAAUAUCACUGUUAAAUAUGGCGAUGUUCUAAUUACACUGCAAUCACGUAAACUGCAGCAAAAAUGAACCCAUUUAAAGGACACUGCUAUUUGAGAUGUUUUUAAAACCGAGAGAUUUUAAAUGUAUUUGAGCUGAAAUGCCUUCACUGGUAAUCCAACCUGUACCUCCGAGAUACUGAAUUACUAACCAGCUCAACCAAGCAGCACCUUCCAAAUGACUGACACGUCUGUUAUACACCAAAUGAUUUAUUUAAUUCCAGAAGUUAUUCUAGUUUUGAGGACAAACAAUUGUAUCGUUUUGUUUUUUUUAUUUUGUUUUAUUUAUAAUAUAUAUUUACGUUCUUUUUCUUUUCUGUUUUUUUUUUUUUAAUUAUCCGAUUGUAUUUGUUCCAAUCCAAUUGGUCUGAAGUCUGGGCCAAUUCCUUGAAUUUAAAACACUAUCCUGACAUUCUGAGCUCCCCAGGUCCAAAUUGAUAAUUCAGACAUUUUGGAAAGUGUGUUGAAGAUAAAAGAACAAUGUAAUAUUUUUUUCCCUAAAUUUGUCAUGUAGGGUUGUGGACCAGUUUUGUAUAAUUUUUUUUAUAUAUACUUGUAAAUAAGAUUUGCCAUGCGAUGCGAAAGGUCAAAUAUUUAAUGUGGGCUUAGUUUGUUGUGCCAAAUGUUAACUUUAUAUAUUUAUACUGUGUGAAUGCCAAGGAUGGUUUCAAUAGUAUUCUAAAUAAAGAAUCUUAUUUAUAAAA